GGCGUGGGAGGAGCGACGGGCCGAGGGCGGGGCCUCGUGGAGGAGGAAGCAGGCCAAGCCGGGCGGCGGCUCUCCAGGGCGAACCAUGGACAGCCAGGGCAGGAAGGUGGUGGUGUGCGACAACGGCACUGGGUUUGUGAAGUGUGGAUAUGCAGGCUCUAACUUUCCGGAACACAUCUUCCCAGCUUUGGUUGGAAGACCUAUUAUCAGAUCAACCACCAAAGUGGGAAACAUUGAAAUCAAGGAUCUUAUGGUCGGGGAUGAGGCAAGUGAAUUGCGUUCAAUGUUGGAAGUUAACUACCCCAUGGAGAACGGCAUAGUGCGAAAUUGGGAUGACAUGAAACAUCUGUGGGACUACACAUUUGGACCAGAGAAACUCAAUAUAGACACCAGAAACUGCAAAAUUCUACUCACAGAACCUCCCAUGAACCCAACCAAAAACAGAGAGAAGAUUGUAGAGGUAAUGUUUGAAACUUACCAAUUUUCUGGUGUGUAUGUAGCCAUCCAGGCAGUUCUGACUCUAUAUGCUCAAGGUUUGUUGACUGGUGUAGUCGUGGACUCUGGAGAUGGUGUAACUCAUAUUUGCCCAGUGUAUGAAGGCUUUUCUCUCCCUCACCUUACAAGAAGGCUGGAUAUUGCUGGGAGGGAUAUUACCAGGUAUCUUAUCAAGCUGCUGCUGUUGCGAGGAUAUGCCUUCAACCAUUCUGCUGAUUUUGAGACAGUUCGCAUGAUUAAAGAAAAACUUUGUUACGUGGGUUACAAUAUCGAGCAAGAGCAGAAGCUGGCCUUAGAGACCACAGUGUUAGUUGAGUCAUAUACACUCCCAGAUGGACGCAUCAUCAAAGUUGGAGGAGAAAGGUUCGAAGCACCAGAAGCUUUAUUCCAGCCUCACUUGAUCAACGUGGAGGGGGUCGGAGUUGCCGAGUUACUGUUUAACACAAUCCAGGCAGCUGACAUCGACACCAGAUCUGAAUUUUAUAAGCACAUUGUGCUUUCUGGAGGCUCAACCAUGUAUCCUGGUCUGCCAUCGAGGUUGGAACGAGAGCUUAAACAGCUUUACUUAGAACGAGUUCUAAAAGGAGAUGUGGAAAAACUUUCUAAAUUUAAGAUCCGAAUUGAAGAUCCACCGCGCAGGAAGCACAUGGUGUUCUUGGGUGGCGCAGUCCUAGCAGACAUCAUGAAAGACAAAGACAACUUUUGGAUGACCCGACAAGAGUACCAAGAAAAGGGCGUACGUGUGCUGGAGAAACUCGGUGUGACUGUUCGAUAAAAUGCCAGGCUUCUUCCCAUCAUGCCUCUAAUGCAGUCUUCUUUUUCUCUUUUUUAAAAUUUUUUCUUUAUUGCCAAUCUUUGAACUCAUUCGACUCCAGGACUGAAAGAGGCCUCUCUGUCCCCUUUGACUGGAAAGGUCGAGUUUUUUUCUCUGUCUUGGGAAAGCAUUGUUAAAUUCUUGUUAAUGUGGGUAAAUCUGGUGGUUUAAUGCAACCACUUCUCUGCAAACAAGGAGGGCAAAGGGUCUCUGCUGCUUUCUUUCUUUCUAAGUAGGCAUUAGCUCAUUCCUGGAGGCUUUCUAUUUUUGCUUUA